AUGACGCGACAGAGUGACGAAAGCCACAGUCCAUCGACGAGCACCCUUCGGGAUGAGAAGGUGAGCACUGCCCGCCCUCUCCGACCACGUACCCUACACGACCUCCUCAAACAACGCAAGCGGAGACGACUACGUAAACGUGCACGAGCCCUUUUGAACGUUGUGAUGUGCCAAAUGUUCCCCCUCUUAAUGCUCAUUCUAGGCAUCGUCUUCUGCUUCGUCGGUGCUUUGGUACAUCUCCACCUUCUUCUCUCCUCCGGCUGUGUUCUCCUCAUCUGUUCAGUUGGGUUUAUUCUACAGAGCUGUUUCUGGAGCCGAUCCCAGCCCAACAAGUUCACAAUGAACGAGAUUCUCAGGGUGGUAGCAAUGGAGGAAUCGCAUAGUGAUCACAAAGGCACUAAGACAAGUGGUGAGGCGGGGUCAGAAGAGGCGAUAGAGAAAGGAAAGGAGCAGGAAGAACACAUUACAGAGUCAUCUCAUCAGCCGUCUCGGGCGUCUGUCGGACUUCUUGAGGUUCGACGACUCAGUCUGGCCAUGACCCGCGUUGCCAGUGAGCUCAGACAUGCGGCCAAUCAACGUGCAGUUGGUAUGGGUCCCGGCAGCCUUGCUCAAGGAUUGACCUUGGGUGGACAUCCAACCAACAUAAACCCUUUAGACUAUGGGAGGGGUGCUAUCAAUUGGUACGGCAACUUUACCGGCUCAGAACUCACCCAUAUGCGACGUCUUUCACAGUGGAGAAACUUUGCGUAG